GGGUCCAGGAAGCGGGCGGACCAGUGGCAUUUGGGGACGGCCAUCUCCGAAGAGGAAGGGGAGGGGAGCCCAGCGGCCUGAGGCGGGAAGUCAAAGAGGAACGGGGAAAGCGAGACCUUUUGGCUUCUCUGCCCGUCGCCUCGGCGCUGUAGGAAGGCGGAGAGGAGGACGGGACGGGCCUCGGCUGCCGUGGCGGAAGGCGGUGGAGACUGAAGCCGAGAAAAGGCGCAGCUUAGAGACUCCACCUGCCAGGUGAGGAGAAGGAGGACAAUACACAAGAAAUGGCCAAGGUGAUGAAAUUGUUUCACUCCCUCAGAAAUCAUUGGAAAAAGACAACAGUGGGGGCCUGCUUGCUCACUUGGGGAGGAAACUGGCUGUAUGGAAAACACUGCGAUAACCUGCUAAGGAGAGCUGCGUGCCAGGAAGCCCAGGUGUUUGGCAACCAGAUUAUUCCUCCCAGUGUGCAGAUAAAGAAAGCAACUGUAUUUCUCAACCCUGCAGCUUGUAAAGGCAAAGCCAGAAGCCUUUUUGAAAAAAAUGCAGCACCGAUUCUCCACUUGUCUGGUUUGGAUGUGACUGUGGUUAAGACAGAUUAUGAAGGGCAAGCAAAAAAAUUGCUGGAGCUGAUGGAAAACACAGACAUGAUCAUUAUUGCAGGAGGCGAUGGAACUCUACAGGAGGUCAUUACUGGACUUCUCCGAAGGGCAGAUGAGGCAGCGUUCAGUAAGAUUCCGAUUGGAUUCAUUCCCCUUGGAAAAACCAGCACCUUAAGCCACACUCUUUAUUCUGAGAAUAUAAACCAAGUCCAAUGUAUCAUUGAUGCCACAUUGUCCAUACUGAGAGGAGAGACUAUUCCACUCGAUGUAUUGCAGAUCAAGGGAAACAAAGAGCAGCCUGUAUUUGCUGUAACUGGUUUACGAUGGGGGUCUUACAGAGAUGCAGGAGCAAAAGUCAGCAAGUAUUGGUAUCUUGGUCCUCUGAAGAUCCAAGCAGCCCACUUCUUUAACACGUUAAAGGAGUGGCCUCAGAAACAUGUAGCCUCGCUUACCUAUUUGGGCCCAACGCCAAGGCCUCCUGAAGAACCAGAGCAGAAGACUUCUAGGCUUCCUUUGUACAUCCGGCUUUACAAGAGGCUUGCACAUUUUUGGACACCUGCCCCCAAAGAAAUCCCCGAGGAGGUGGUCCCUGAAGCUUGGGAAGAAACACAGCUGUCUGCCAUCGAAUUCUCUAUCACUACUCAGAACAGACAUCUAGAUUUGAAACGCACAGAAGACUUCAUGAAUAUUUGCAUCGAACCAGAUACUGUUAGUAAAGGAGACUACAUAAAAAGAGGACAUCAAAAAAUGCAGGACCCCCACCUGUGCCCAGAAGGAAGCCAGUGUCUCCAGGCAAGCCAGUGUAUGCUGCAACUUCCAGAGGGUACAGAAGGCUUUUUGUCUAUUGACAGCGAGGAGUACGAAGCAAUGCCAGUGGAGGUGAGGCUGUUACCGAGGAAGCUCCAGUUCUUCUGCGACGCCCGAAAGAAAGAGCAAAUGCUUCAAGGAGCAUCAUAAUCAAAGAAGCCGUCAGCUUAGACUUUUUAAAAACCAUGCUCUUAGUUCCUGGCUACUGAUUCAAGAUGUACAUUCCUGAUGGUCUGUAGCCCACCAAUGACAAGCAUCAAAGGAAGCAAAUGCAAAAAGUGUAUAUAUACAAAAAGUAUAUAUGCACCGU